CUGACUUGCGUAAGGACCAAGCCCCAUAACUACACACGCGAGCGCGAGCGCGGACGUUUUGCCAAUGCAAGCGAAUGGGGCACUGCUGAACUCAAUGGACUUCGUGAUCGGACAGGCAUUAGCUUAGUACCUAAGCAAAAAUACCAAAGCCUUAUCCUGAGUUGUCAACAAGAACUCCAGCCUGCGACGAUGCAAAGCCUUUCUUGAGCGGGUUGAUGGACUUUGCUUUGUUAUCUGUCCAGUAAGCCACCAGACACUACCAAGUAGAGUAAUCCAUUUGUAUAGGUACAGAAUAUGGAGCGAGUUUGCAGCCAUCAGCUUGCCUCGUCGCGAGGGAGGCCAUGCAUCGCUGGGGUGCAGCGGUCGCCCAUCCGACUAGGGACUUCAAGCGUUGCUCAUGUGCAGGUCUCUCCGGCAGGCCUUGGGAGAUAUCAACGGCAAAGACUGCAAGUCGUGGCGUCUGCAGCUGCGGCAGCGGCUUUCGACCCUCCUGGAGGUGUCUCCGCCGGGUUCUCGCAGCCGCAACAGCAGCUGCCACAACAGCACCCACGCCAACCACAGGCGGUGGCGGAGGUAGCUGUCGCCGAGUCAGUCUCGGCGCCCGCUUCUGCGGCGCCCUCCAAUGAUGGCUCGCCCACGGCCUCCAUGGACGGCGGCCCCAGCUCCGGCCUCAGCGCCGUGCCCGCCGCCGCCACCGCCACCGACCUCUUCUCCGCCGCGGCGCGCCUCCGCCUGCCCAACCUCUCCCCCAUCAUCACCUGGACCUUCAUGCUCUCCUACAUGGCCUUCAUGCUCAUCAUGCCCAUCACCGCGCUGCUGCAAAAAGCCUCGCUCGUGCCGCUCAACGUCUUCAUCGCGCGCGCCACCGAGCCGGUGGCGAUGCACGCCUACUACGUCACCUUCUCCUGCUCGCUGAUCGCGGCCGCCAUCAACUGCGUGUUUGGCUUCGUGCUGGCCUGGGUGCUGGUGCGCUACAAUUUCGCGGGGAAGAAGAUCCUGGACGCGGCGGUGGACCUGCCGUUCGCGCUGCCGACCUCGGUGGCGGGCCUCACGCUUGCCACGGUGUACGGCGACGAGUUCUUCAUCGGCCAGUUCCUGCAGGCGCAGGGCGUGCAGGUGGUGUUCACGCGGCUGGGUGUGGUGAUCGCCAUGAUCUUCGUGUCCUUCCCCUUCGUGGUGCGCACCAUGCAGCCCGUCAUGCAGGAAAUCCAAAAGGAGAUGGAGGAGGCGGCAUGGUCGCUGGGCGCCUCGCAGUGGCGCACCUUCACAGACGUGGUGCUGCCGCCGCUGCUGCCCGCGCUGCUGACCGGCACGGCACUGGCCUUCUCGCGCGCGCUUGGCGAGUUCGGAUCCAUUGUCAUCGUGUCCUCCAACUUUGCCUUCAAGGACCUGAUCGCGCCCGUGCUGAUCUUCCAGUGCCUGGAGCAGUACGACUACGUGGGCGCCACCGUGAUCGGCACAGUACUGCUGUUGAUUUCGCUGGUGAUGAUGUUGGCGGUGAACCAGCUGCAGAAGCUGGCGCGCAAGUGAGGGGCUGAGGCGUUUGAGGAGAGUGGGCGUCUGCGGAGGCGCUUGUGGCGCAGGGGCAGGUGGAGGAGGUUGCAGGGUGAGGCAGGAGUGGCAGGUGGUGGAGGGUGCAGGGCGGGGUGUUGGGAUGGGAUGGGAUGGGACCGUGGGAGGGGUGGGACUUUGGGUGGGUGGGAGUGGGUGCUACGUAUUAGGAUAUGGGAGGUGGUAUGCAGUUGAAGGGGGGGGUGGCAAUCUGGACGGGGACUCACUGUUUACUAGGCACGCAUGUCGCAGGAGUGGAUAUCGAUGGGUGUGGGGAUGUCAGCACGCUUGGCUUGAGUUGGGCCAUGGGACCCGGGACUAGGCUUGGUUGCGAGCCGAGCCAGUCACCAGGGAGACGUACGAGCGCACACAGUGAUUACGGGGAUUGAUUAGGCGGCGAAUUGACGCAAAUCCACGGGGGCUGUGGCUUGGGGGAGGCAGGGAUUGAGCGAAGGACGCACUGCAAGCUCAGGCAGUCGCAUGCCCGUACCCUGCUUCUGGUCCAGUGUGGAGACAAGACUGGCAAUCUGGUCCUUUGCAAUUCAUGGCGCGCCUCCUUCCGAACGACGUGGCAACCAUGCACCAGAUGCUGGUACCGGUAUGUGCCCGUACGAAUGGCCAUCUUUGAUGAGUGGCGAGUGAAGCCAAGCAGUUACGCAAGCAGCUAAGCAAGCCGAGGCCAACCGUCGCAGGGCGUCUAUGUGAACUUUGU